UCCGGCCAUGCAAUUCCAUAUCACUCAUUUAAUUCUCGAUCAUCAUGAACUACGGCAAGCUCCACUCCACCAGCUCCGGCGACACGCCGGCCAACUUCGAACUAUCCAAUUCCAAUUCAUCCAUUUCCUCCCCCAACCGGCGGACAAGAACAAGAGUUGUUCUUCUCUCCUUGCUCUCCAUCCUCCUCAUCAUGGCCUCUGCCAUCUCUGCCGUCGUCUUUGUCCGCUCUCACAUUGGCCGCGGCGGUGAGAGCGGCCUCGGGCUGGCUCACAAGCCGAGCCAGGCCAUCUCCCGGGCGUGCAGUCGCACCCUGUACCCGGCCGUGUGCGUGUCGUCGCUGGUGGAGUUCCCCGGCGCGCUCGCCGCCGACGUCCACGACCUGGUUCACAUCUCCCUGAAUGUGACUCUGCAGCGUCUCACAAAGGCCCUCUACUCCUCCUCACAAAUUCCCGUCUCCCAAAUCUCCGACCCCCUCCUCCUCUCCGCCUUCGCCGACUGCAUCGAGCUUCUCGACGACGCCGUCGACGCCUUCUCCCGCUCUCUCUUCUCCACCGCCGCCUCCAAUCACGACGUCCUCACUUGGCUCAGCGCCGCCUUGACUUAUCACGACACGUGUACCGAGGGCCUUGCUGACGUCAGCGCCGGCCAGGUCAAGGAUCAGAUGACUGCCAAGCUGGCCGACUUGUCGCAGCUGAUUAGUAACUCGUUGGCCAUAUUUUCCGGGUUCGGCGGCGGGACGGGUGAGUUCUCCGGUGUGCCCGUACAGAACAGGCGGCGGCUGAUGGAGGCGGAGUGGCCGCAGGAGAAUGGCGGAGAGGAGUUUCCGGAAUGGGUCAGCCGGAAGGAUAGGCAACUUCUGGGUUCUCCGAUUUCGGCGAUCCAAGCCGAUAUCGUCGUCGCCAAGGACGGCACCGGGAAGUACAAGACCGUCGCGGAGGCCAUCGCGGCGGCUCCGUCGUCCAGUGGCCGCCGUACGGUCAUCUACGUCAAGGCUGGAAAGUACGUAGAGGAGAAUUUGAAGGUGGGAAGGAAGAAAACAAACUUGAUGUUCGUGGGAGAUGGGAAGGGCAUAACCGUCAUUUCAGGUGGAAAAAGUGUUUUUGACAAAGUUACCACUUUUCGCACCGCCACCUUUGCGGCUUCUGGGACGGGGAUCAUUCUUCGUGACAUGACAUUCGAGAACACAGCAGGGCCGGGAAGGCACCAAGCGGUGGCGCUGCGUGUGAGUGCGGACCACGCGGUCGUGUUUCGGUGUAACAUCAUUGGGUACCAGGACACUCUCUAUGUACACUCCAAUCGACAAUUUUACCGCGAGUGUGACAUAUAUGGUACUGUAGAUUUCAUCUUCGGAAACGCCGUAGUGGUGUUCCAAAGCUGCAACAUCUACGCUCGAAAGCCGAUGCCCGGCCAGAAGAACACUAUAACCGCCCAAGAUCGGAAGGACCCGAACCAAAACACCGGUAUCUCCAUCCACGCCUGCAAGAUUCUUGCAGCAUCUGAUCUGGAAGGUUCCAAAGGUAGUUAUCCGACGUUCUUGGGGAGGCCGUGGAAAUUAUACUCUAGGGUAGUCUACAUGGUAUCAUCCAUGGGUGACCACAUCCACCCGCGGGGCUGGCUCGAGUGGCAGGGCUCCUUCGCGCUCGAUACUUUAUACUACGGUGAGUACAUGAAUUCUGGACCUGGUGCAGCGGUCGGGCAACGGGUCAAGUGGCCGGGUUAUCGGGUCAUAACGUCCACCGUUGAAGCGGGCAAGUUCACGGUUGGGCAGUUUAUAUACGGCUCCGCUUGGCUGCCGUCCACCGGCGUGUCAUUCUCCGCCGGCUUAUCUGCUAGCUAAAAACAAAAAAAAAAAAUAAUUUUACUUGGGAGUGACUGGUGAGUGUAUUUAAAUAAUUACAAAAUUGUUUUUAUUUUUAGGACGUGGAUGAUGAUGACACGUGUACAACCUCAUUCCUUUGAUCAAAAUAAAGAUAAAAAUGUGGGCCCCAGAAUUAGGGUGUUUAAGGGAGGGAUCAUAUAUAUUAUAUUUUUAUA